CCCUUCCCGGGCCGGCCGGCCGGAGGAAGCCCCACCUCGGGACGUGGCCCGCGCCGGAGGGACGGACGCAGCAUGCUGGACUUCGUCAUUUUCGCCGCCACCUUCUUGCUCCUCUUGGUGGGCGCCGUCCUCUACCUCUACCCGGCUUCUAGGCAGGCUUCAGGUAUCCCGGGAAUGACUCCGACUGAUGAAAAAGAUGGGAACCUCCCAGACAUUGUCACCUGUGGCAGCUUGCAUGAGUUCCUGGUAAACCUCCAUGAGAAAUACGGUCCCAUCGUCUCCUACUGGUUCGGGCGGCACCUGGUCAUCAGCCUGGGGUCCAUUGACGUCCUGAAGCAGCACAUCAACCCCAACAGGACCUCGGAUCCUUUUGAAACGAUGCUGAAGUCCUUGCUGCGGUAUCAGUCUGGCCUGGGUGGAGACGUGGGCGAGAGCUGCCUGAGGAAAAAGCUGUACGAAACCGGGGUGGCCAAAUCACUGCAGAGUAGCUUUCCUGUCAUCCAGAAGUUGUCGGAAGAGUUGCUGGCAAAAUGGCUGUCCAUCCCAGAGUCUCAACACGUGCCUCUCAGCCAGCAUAUGUUGGGGUUUGCGAUGAAAGCAGUGACCCAGAUCGCCAUGGGCAGUAGGUUUGAGGAUGACCAGGAAGUAAUCCGAUUCCGCAGGAACCAUGAUGCGAUAUGGGCAGAAAUUGGGAAAGGGUUCUUGGAUGGGUCACUGGACAAAAGCAUGACCAGAAAAGAGGUGUAUGAAAACGCUCUGAUGGAGAUGGAGCUGGUCUUGAAGAAAGUCAUCAAAGAGCGACAGGGCAGGAACCUCAGUCGGCAUAUCUUCAUCGACUCUCUGCUGCAAGGCAACCAGAGCGACAAGCAGGUAUUGGAAGACACAAUGAUAUUCUCCCUGGCAGGAUCCAUAAUCACCGCCAAGUUGUGCACUUGGGCAAUGUACUUCUUGACUACUUCCAAAGAAGUUCAGCAGAAGCUUUACAAGGAGCUGGACCAAGUUCUUGGAAAGGGCCCCGUUACGUACGCGAAAAUCGAGCAGCUCAGAUAUUGCCGGCAGGUUCUGUGUGAGACGGUGAGGACAUCGAAACUGACGCCCAUUGCUGCACGGCUGCAGGAGCUGGAAGGCAGGGUUGACCAGCACAUUAUUCCAAAAGAGACUCUGGUGCUGUACGCCCUUGGCGUGGUGUUGCAAGACAGCUCGGCCUGGCCGUUGCCUUACAAGUUUGAUCCAGAUAGAUUCAAUGAUGAAACUGCCAUGAAAAAUCUCUCUCUCUUGGGCUUUUCAGGGAGUCAGGAGUGCCCCGAGCUGAGGUUUGCCUACAUGGUAGCUACCGUACUGCUGAGUGUGGUGGUCAGGAAACUGCACCUGCAUCCUGUGGAAGGGCAAGUUAUAGACAUCAAAUAUGAGCUCGUCACCUCACCCAAGGAGGAAGCGUGGAUAACUGUGUCCAAGAGAAACUGAGGCGAAAAGGGAAACCCGUUCUCCCGAGAAGAGCCGUCUGGCCCCACUCCCUGCCUCCUGGCAUCUUAGUCAUUCUGAAUCCACUGCAGCCAUUUCCCCUCCUCCUUUGACAAUAAGAGCAGGUUAUCUUUUACUGUGAAUGUACUCGGUAAAGAUAGAAUAUGGUAGGCUAAAAAAACCUGUAGGCCGUCCAUUCUGCCCCGUACUCCCAUGCCUUCUGAUUUGGAAGCCCUUACCUCUGUUCUCAAGUGGGAGUGGCCCGUUGUGGUAAAAGAACUCUGCACAUGCACAAAGGAACUCUUUUUCUAUAUGAAGGAUCUUUUUAAUUGCUCAGGCGGACGCUUGGCUAGGAGGAUGCAUUUGAGGGCUAGAUCCCAAUGAGCUACGGCUUCAAUCUAAGCCCUGACUUUGCUUACAAAAAAUAAUAAAAGGUUUCAAACUGUCCUUUUGCCAAGCUAGGGCAGAGGUAUUAAGCACAUUUUUCAUUAAUAAAGGUGUGAAACCCGG